AUGGAGACAGGCUUCUCUUUCCAUUCCCCUCCCGGGAAUUCCCAGCGUAUAGCCGCCAGUGUCGAAGGAGCUUUAAACUUUCGCGACCUCGGUGAACAUCCAAGCGAUGUUAAUCAGCCUGCUAUUAUGCGAAGAGGGUUCAUCUAUCGCUCUGGGUACCUUUCGAACAUCACCAGUCGAGGGUGGAGAAAGCUGAGAGAGCUUCAGAUAUCAACUAUAAUCCGCUUGGUACCCGCGAAGGAAGCUGACAUGUUAUACGGUGAUACGGAAAUCGAGAGGUUCGAGGGCUUUAGAGUCAUCCACCUUUCUUUCUCCCAGGCAGAAUUUGAAAAGACAUAUCUUUUCGAGAAAUAUACCCGACUUGCAGCCGGGGGUGAUACUGCUGUUGCGCAAGAGUAUAUAAGUUUACUUCGAGAGAGACCUAUUAUACUUCGAACCGUACUGCUGCUCAUCCGCGAUUAUCCAAAUGAAGUAUACCUAAUUCACUGCUCAAUGGGAAAAGAUCGCACUGGUAUUAUCUGCGCGCUUCUUCUAUGCUUGGCUGGGGCAUCCCAUGAAACCAUAUCAACAGAGUAUAGUCUCAGCGAACCUGCUUUAGAGUCGCUAGUCCCCGGUAUCUUUCGGCUUCUGGAGCAUAUUGCUCCAUGCGGUACUAGCGAAGCUGAUUGUCAUCAGCUCGCUAGGGAGGCGAUUAAAGCAAGGAAAACGGCGAUGCUCCGCACCCUUCAGUUGGUUGACAAAGAAUUUGGCGGUGCCAUCAACUACGUCACAGAGUACUGCGGCUUAUCUGCGGAAGACAUUGAGCGUGUUCGACAUAACCUGUUACAUAUAGAGUCGUAG